AUGUUUCGGGCUGCACGCCUGCUGCAGGCACUUGUUUAUUUCGCGACUUGCACAACGCUCGUUAUCGCAACGUGCUACACACCGGAUGGAAAUGCGGUGCAAGAAGACGAUGUUGCGCCUUGCUCAAACGAUCCAUCCGACCCUCUGAGCCAUAUCUGCUGCAUCACGAAUCGACCGAAAGCCUCCGGCACCUCGACAAAUGCAUCCGAAAUACGCGACACAUGCCUCCCAAACGGGCUUUGCCAGAACGAGUCGCUUCUCGAAGAUGGGUCGAUUUAUUUGCAGUGGGGUAGAAAUUGGUGCACAAAUCCAGACUGGAGCACUGGGCAGUGUUUGGACGAUGUGUGCACACGCACAGCGGGAGAAAAAGCAGGGCUUGUGCGCGUAAUUCCCUGCUCGGGCAAGAACAGCUCACUGACGUGGUGCUGCGGCGAUUCUGACAGUUGCUGCACUUCCACCGAUCAAACCGACCUCGUCUCGCUCGCUCCUACAUUUACGACAGCCGCUGCAACCUCGACAUCUUCCGCCUCUUCAAGCACUCUGACCAUUCCAGAAUUUACUCCAGACACUUCAAUCAUUGUAACGACUCGGACAUCAUCAAGUGAUGGGGCUUCGCAAACUGGCAUCGAAAAUCCGCAAGUAACACCCGCUGAGACCUCGGGCUUGCCAAGAGGAGCAAAAGCAGGGAUAGCUAUCGGUGCAGUCGUGGGCGCCGUAGUGUUCGUUAUGCUUGGAGUCUGGAUCUCCAAAGCGAUGGCAUGGCGCAGGGAUGUUUAUGCUGCGAGAGCGCAGAAUGACCCCAAUCACUAUACGGGAUCAGACAUGGAAGGGCUGUACGGUCAGCACCCGCAGAAGCUCCCACCUUCCCUGACCCAGUAGAAGUACCCGACCACCGAGCCAGCAUUCGAAGGAGCAGAUUAGUGGGUGCCUUAUCUGCUAAGUAUUCAU